AUGGAAGCAAAGGGUUGUGCCAGACCAGUGCAACGGAAGAAUGCCCGGAGGCACUUUUUCUGGGCACUUCGCUCUCAAUUAUCCUUGUCUACAGCUAUCUCGAAGCUCACAGCCAUCUCUCCCCGAUUAUCGACGGAAGAGGCUAAACGUCGCAUCUUUGAUCAAAUCCCUCAGGUGUCGCAUACAGAUGAUCGUGCUGUCGCCGAAGCUCUUGAGAGUUUAGACCUUUCCGAUGUGGUCGCACAAGUGACAAGUGCUCAUGUGACAGGAGAAAUCAUGUCACUAGUGCAAUCUCACCGCAAAGCGGGCCUUGCGGGUUUGGUGGGAGUUGUGAACGCUCUCACCGACGAGGAGAAGGCUGCCUUGGCUGUUGCUUUACAGGGUGUAGCUCCGUCUCCAGGUAGGAUUAGCAUCCGAUCAUCAAUGAUCUCAACUCUGACAAAUUACAGCCCCUCUAUCUUACUCCGCGCCUUAAUGGCUGGACCUAUCCGUUUGCUACGUAUAAUCUCUUGCUUUAUUUCCAAAUAUGGAUUACUUGUGGCAACCUCCUCGAUAUCGUUAUCACCGGUUGCUACCGAGCUUCUUCCAC